CAUGAAAGCAUCUAUACCCAGACAAUAGAGUAAAGCCGUUGAAUACAUUCAAGCGAAGACCAAUAUUCUCCCUCUUCUUUCAACUUGCAUGUACAGAAUAAUACAUUCGUCUGUAUAGGUCGUCUGAUGUGACUCUUCGCGAUACUCUAAAUAUAUCCUAGUUUACAAUUGAGGACUUUCGAUUCCUUUCUGCUUGUGGAUCAGAAAUAUACCCCCGAUUCUUGCUUGGGUUCGAUUUUUGAUGUCUGCAUGUUCUCGAAUUAUAGCAUUCUGAAGCUGAAGUGAAGCGAGAGGAAGAGGACACUUAUAUUUUGGGAAUAUAUUGAGGUCACGUCAAUGGGGAUAUUCGGGUGACCUCAACCUCGACAAGAUACCAACAUCACGUCACCAUCAUCAUAGUAUCAAGAUGGAGUAUAUUGGAACUAUUACUCUGCUAAUACUAAGCGCCACAGCGCUUCACGAUGUCUCGGGGGCAGAGGUUCGGGAAAAGAGACAGACUGCGAGGCUCAACGUAAGAGACUGUAGCCCUUUCAUACCGUACUACCCAUCAACGACGUUUAACUCUGAUGUUCGACUUGCUGAGUUACGGCGCCAGAUGCACUUACGUUACGAUUACCAGGCCUAUAUAAUACCCGGAUACGAUGCUCACGGGAGUAUUGACCUUGCUGAUCCUGACAAGCGUAUAUGGUAUAUGACUGGAUUCAAUGGAACAGGAGGUGUUGCUAUUGUGACAAGUGACCGAGUGACGACAUCAAACUCAAGGGCGGCCAUAUGGGUUGAAAAAAGGUUUGAGCUCCUGGCGAAACAACAGAUAGAUUGCAACUGGGAUAUACAUGUCUUAGAUGACAAGAAUGAUUUGACUCCAUGGCAAUGGCUCCUGCGAGAGUAUGACCUUGAUCCCCAAGACCUCUUAUCCGGGGAGCUGCGGGGAGCCGGACUGGAGAAUGGUGCUAGGGUCGGAUUUGACCCUCUACUUAUGCCUUACGGAUUCUGGUACGAGCUCCAAGAGACCGAUCGCCUGGAGCCCCGCUCCGUCAGCCUCCAAGCCACGCCCCUUGUAGAUUUAGGCCUCACUGUAGAGGAACGUAAGACCAAUCUAGUGGAUAGGGUCCGCAUAGAGCUGGCGGGGCGUGAAGGGGUGAUUGAUCCAGAUAGGAUUGAACCAUUGGAUCAGUUCAACCCCUACGGGUUGACCUACCCCGGACGGGAAAUCUACAUACAGGACAAGGAGCUUUAUGCAGGUUAUGACUGGCAGGAUAAAGUAUACCGUCGACGUCAGACAUCCCUGGGGAACCCCAUCUUGUACUUUAAGAAUCUGCGAGAACUCAUGGAUGAAAAAGAUGUUGAUCUACUCAUCAUAACGAGGCUCGAUGAAAUAGCCUGGUUGUUUAAUCUACGCGGAGAAGACAUCCCGUACAACCCUCUAUUUAUUUCGUUUGCUAUCGUCGGGACACAGUACAUCAAUCUUUAUCUGUAUGAUUCCAAUCGCCGACUGGACUCGGAGAGAUUCCACGAAUUGAGGGAACAUCUGGAGCUCGAUACAGCAAGAUGUACAAGCUAUACUUCCUUCCCAACAACUUGCAUAAGAGCGAAGGAUAUAUCAGCCUUUACUGACGACCUCUCCACUAUAUCGUUUAGCAAGAAGGUGUGGUUCAGUAACUCGUCCAACUACUUUGUCUACAAGACUGUCACAGAAAGGGAUGAUGUUAGAAAUGACAGGAGUAAAUACAUUAUGGAACCUUCCCCAAUUCUUUUGAUGAAAGCUGUCAAGAAUGAUGUCGAGGUGGAGUCAAUGAACUUGGCAUUUAUAGCAGAUUCAGUGACGACGAUAGAAGUAGCAGCUUGGAUGGAUAAUCUCCUCCAGAAUAUGGUGAAUCCAAAAGAAGGGGAUGAUCGAUCAUUGACAGAGUGGCUGGUUUCACAAAGGACAGAAACUAUAAGAGAAUCACACACUAGCUAUCAAUAUCCAAGUUAUGAGACUAUAGCAGCCGUUGGAUACCACAGUGCAAAUUAUUAUUACCAUCCAAUAGAAGAUGAGCGCUUCGCCAUCCCUACUGGAAAGAUGUUCCUCUAUGACAUGGGAGGACAGUAUAGGGAAGGAACAACUACACUAGCAAGAACUUUCUUCUUUGCCAAAGAGUGGUACGAGGAUAAUGAGAACCGCUAUGAAUACGACCGCUCCUAUGAUCCAGCAACACCGUCCGAAUUCCAAAAGGAGGUAUACACUCGCAUUGUACUUGGACUUAUUGAUUUGUCUAUGGCCAAAUUCCACACAAAUGUAUAUGGGCGUGAUCUGGAUGCCAUUGCCCGCCAGUACUUGUGGGACGUGGGUCUGGACUACUUCCAUCCAACCGGAUACGGUGUGGGACAGUAUCUCACCCCUCAUGAAGGUCCUGUUUACAUCAAUUCCGAAUUCAUGGUGGACGAACAGCCAUUCAACCGCAGCAUGUUUAUUUCUGCAGGUCCCGGUUAUUACUAUCGUGAUCCUGAUGGUGAUAGGGAGAGUGACUUUGGUGCUCGUGUCACAAAUGUUCUCUAUGCCAAACCUGUCCCACGAACACCAUAUGAAUUUUUGAACGAGGAUGAAAGCGAUGACGUACAGUACCUUGAAUUUGAGACAGUGACCUUUGUACCUUUUGAGCCAAGGCUGAUCAAAUUUGAAUACUUCACAAGAAAACAGCUGGACUGGUAUAACGACUACAGUGCACAAAUCAGGGAAAAAAUGAGCGGUCGUCUCUCUGGAGACGCGCUAAAAUGGAUGCAGAGGAGAACUCGCUUCCAGAGGUACAAGUGGGACUACAUUGGUGGGGCAUCAACAAUCUCAAAGACUACUACAGCCAUUAUAGUUACAGUGCUUUCUUUUAUAACAUCUCUUCUUUUGCUGUAGAUAUGUUUUAUUCAUUAUUUCAAUAUGUUUUCUUUGUAUU